AUGUAUCCGAAUAUGAGACUACGUCGAAAUUAUUCAUGGGACAAUUGGGGUUCAUACGGAUAUAUUUUUGGAAUAAGUUUAAUAUUUAUUGGUAUUGUAACACAAGUUCUUGAAUAUCCACGUAUUUAUAAUGGUCCAACAAAUGAAGGUAAUGGACUUUAUAUUAUGUCGAAUUAUUAUAAUCAUUGGUGGCCAUGGACAUAUGCAGCUAGUUUAUUUGGUCUUUUUACAUUUUUAACUGGUUUAAUGGGUAUUGUAGCUGGUUAUCGACGAAGUUAUGGAUCAGUUUUAGGAUUUUUUACAAUGUCAUUAUUUUCAACAUUAUUUGCAAUUUAUUUAAUUGUUUAUUUUGCAUUCAUUAUUGGAUUUUAUCGUUCAAUUAAUAAAGAUAAAGCAAAUCAACGUACAGAAGCUGAAUCAGUUGCAUUUGGUCUUGCUAGUACACAAUUAGCUAUAGCAUGUGUUAAUGUUUUAGUUAGUUUAAUUACUACAAUUUUAACUGGACGUGCUAUUGCAAUAUGUGUACCAAAAGGUGUUUAUUAUGAUGAUGUCCCACCUGCGUCAAGACCAAUGCCAUAUGGUGCUUAUCCAAGUCGUUUUUAA